UCGACUUACAAAUCAUCGGAAGUCAUCCUCUGGAUCUCCAAUAAAACAGAGACACACAAAGUGGGCCGGAUGGAUGAUGACAUGUGGUUGCUAGGCAACAUCAACCAGACUGGGUACUUCCGGGUGAACUACGACCUCCACAACUGGAGGCUCCUCAUUGGACAGCUGAUGACCAACGCUGAGAUCAUCUCUGUCGGCAACAGGGCGGGGCUCAUCGAUGACGUCUUCAAUCUGGCCAGGGCUGGCUACCUGCCCCAGAACGUGCCCCUCCAGAUCAUCUGCUACCUACCCCAGGAGAGAGAGUUCCUCCCCUGGCACGCUGCCAGCCGCUCCCUCUACCAGCUGGACAAGCUGCUGGACCGCACAGAGGACUACAGCCUCUUCAGUGACUUCGUGCUGAAGCAAGUGGCCUCAAAGUACCACAAGAUGGGCUGGCCCUUGGCUCUGACAGAAGGCUCCAUCAUACAGGCCUCCUACCAGACUGAAGAGCUGCAGAGAGAGGUGAUCAUGCUGGCAUGUAGUUUCGGGAACAAGCACUGUCACCGCCAAGCUGUGUCGCUCAUCUCUGAUUGGAUCUCCAGCAACAAGAACAGGAUCCCUCCCAACGUGCGUGACAUAGUGUACUGUACAGGCGUGUCUCUGAUGGAUGAGGACGUGUGGGAGUUCAUCUGGAUGAAGUUCCACUCCACAACAGCCAUCUCAGAGAAGAAGGUUCUCCUGGAGGCUCUGACCUGCAGCGACAAUGGCUUCCUGCUCAACCGGCUGCUGAAUCUUUCUCUGAGCUCAGAUCUGGUCCCAGAUCAAGAUGUCAUCGAUGUCAUCAUCCACGUGGGAAGGAACCCGCAUGGAAGACACUUAGCCUGGAGGUACUUCAGGGAGAAGUGGGACAUCUUGAAUUCACGGUACGGAGAGGCCUUAUUCAUGACUUCUAAGCUCAUCAGUGGGGUGACUGAAUUCCUAAACACAGAGACGGAGCUGAAUGAGCUGAAGGAGUUUAUCCAGAUCAGUGGAGGUGGAGCGGGGCCGGCGUUGGCCCGGGCCGUGGAGAUCGUGGAGGCCAACGUGAGAUGGCACAGUCUCUACGAACGCCAGAUCUUCCAGUGGCUAAGGAAGUCUCCCAACGGUUAACACAGGGUUCAGCCCAAGCAUGGCAUCUCUCUGACACUAUUACAGACCCAACAACAUCAGGCGGAGAAAAAAAAUAUCAGAAAACAUGAAUAUGUUAAUUUGAAUUGCAAAA